AUGGCACUUAUUGUUGACAAGCACCGACCUCGGUCUCUCGAGACCCUCACAUAUCACAAUGAGUUGUCAGAUCGUCUUCGCUCUCUUGCCCAGAGCGGUGACUUUCCUCACCUACUUGUGUACGGGCCUUCAGGUGCUGGAAAGAAAACCCGAAUCGUCGCUACGCUGAAGGAGCUCUAUGGACCAGGUGUGGAGAAGAUCAAAAUCGAUGCUCGAGUAUUCCAGACGACUAGCAAUCGAAAGCUCGAGUUCAACAUUGUCGCCUCCGUCUAUCACCUCGAAAUCACACCGUCCGACGUUGGAAACUACGACAGAGUUGUUGUUCAGGACCUUCUUAAAGAGGUUGCACAAACGCAACAAGUGGAUCAAUCAGCGAAGCAAAAGUUCAAAGUCGUGGUUAUCAACGAAGCGGAUCACCUGACGAGAGAUGCACAAGCAGCUCUGCGACGAACGAUGGAAAAGUACUCGCCCAACCUACGAUUAAUUCUCUUGGCGAAUUCGACUGCCAAUAUUAUUGCACCGAUUCGCUCAAGAACUCUACUUGUCAGAGUAGCGGCCCCAACGCACGAGGAAAUAUGUGAUGUGCUAGCAGUAUCGGCGAAGAAAGAGGGUUGGCCCGUUGUGGAGGGUCUUCACAAGCGAAUAGCGGAGGAGAGUGGGCGAAACCUUCGACGAGCUCUCCUGAUGUACGAAGCCGUUCAUGCACAAAAGUACGUUUUCCCUAGUGAAACUCACUCAUGGUGGUGGCGUGAAGCAAAAGCUAACCUAGUUGAUAGUGAGAAAGUCACUGAUAACACAGUCAUCCCACCGGCAGAUUGGGAAGCCCUUAUCGGCCAGAUCGCAAAGGAGAUCCUGGAAGAACACUCGCCAGCCAGGAUCCUGCAGGUGCGGUCCAAGCUUUACGAUCUCUUGACACACUGCAUUCCCCCCACUACUAUCCUCAAGACCUUGGCGUUCAAGCUGAUUGCCCUCAUUGACGACGGGUUGAAAGGCGAGGUCAUCCAGUGGGCGGCUUUCUAUGAGCAUCGCAUCAAGACCGGAACCAAAGUUAUAUUCCAUCUCGAGGCUUUCGUGGCGAAGUUCAUGAGAAUUGUCGAGAUGUAUUUGAUGAGUAUGGAUAUGUAA